AUGGGGAAGUUAAAGCCAGGGGCCAAGGAAACUUCUCACUCUUCCAUGGAAUACCAGGUUCCCUUACCCAUAAUCCCACUCCUGGCGCACGAGCUGCAGCACCGAGACUGGAAACAGCAUGACCAGCGUGCUAGAGCUGCGCCUGCUCAGGCAGAUGUUGGUGAGAUUCAUUCCGAGGACAGCUGCAGACCCCAGAUUAAGGCUGCGUUGUCCAAGGACACUGUGGGCAGUGCCGAAGGCCUGGAAAAACCAGCCCAGAUGGGAAGCUUACCCGGAACCAUUCCAGAAAGUUCCCCAUCUCCUAGUGAACAAAACGGAGGAGUACAUUCAGACCUAGCACCCGGUGGAUUCAUCAGUAAACCCCAGCCCCUGGAGAAUGGGGAGCGGCCGAAGUCGUCAGACAUCCUGGAGGAACUAAUUGUUCAGGGAAUAAUACAGAGCCACAGUCAAGUCUUCAGAAAUGGGGAGUCAUCCGAUGUCAUGGUGACCACGACGGAGAAGCCUCUGAGAAAGCCACCAGCCAGACUGACAAAACUGAAGAUCAAAAGGGAAGUGAAGGAUUUCACCUUGAAGAACAUAGACAAGAUGCAGGCGGCGGAGGAGCGCCAGAAGACCAAAGAAGAAGUCAGAAAAAGACUACAGAGUGACCGACUUCUGCCCCCAGACCGUGGUUUGGACUUAGUGGAACUGGAUGGGGCUGAGGUCCCAUUUGCCAAAGGACUUCAUACUGUGAGCUCUGCAGUGUUUGAACCACCUGACCUGCAGGGAGAGCCGCUGAAAAGGAGGAAGAGCAAAAGUGAGGCGACCUCAAGUGAUUUAAACUACAGUUAUGAAAGUAUUGGGGUCGUGGAGUCAGACAUGUCCUACAACCAAGCAGAUGACGUAUUCUAA